AUGUCGAGGGCAGCCGUGGUCUCCGGCCAGCCAUCCAACGGGUCGGCCAUCACUGGUCUCGGCGUGUGUCUCAUCUGCGAUCGCGAAUGUCUUUUAGGCCAAUACGUGGUCUACAGUCGGCCCACAAUCGGCGCCAAUCAGACGCCUUUCUUCCCGAUCCUCGAGUCACUCCACGGCACCAACUCUUCGGCACAAAUCAAUUGCUGUCGUCUUUGUUGUCAAUCAUUGAUCAGUCAGUGGAAUGACUUCGAGUCCAAACAGAUUCCCAUCAAAAAUCGUGUCUAUUAUCUCAAUAAUACCACUAAACCGGUGGUCAUCUCCAAGACUGAGGCCAACCAUUCGCUUCACACUAAUCACCACAAGAAGCACGAAAAGCAUGGAAAUCACAACAACAGCAACAAUAGCUCCAACGCCAGCGCCGAAGAGGUUCUGGAUCUCAGCCUUACGUCCACUUCAGCCCCAAAUCUCGCUCCUUAUUCAAGACCUAAUAUCAGAGGCGAAAGUAACGGAACCGUUAAACACAUGUCUAAUCGUUAUCCACAUGUCUGUUAUAUCUGCGGAGAAGACUGUCAUUCAGUGGUCAAUGUAUUGGUUCGGCCGACGGCUAACUGUCCGUACUUUCCAUCACUUCUAUCACAUCCCAAGCCUAACGGCGCGAAUCCAAUUGAUUCCAGUGGAAGAAUAGACUCGUGCGACUUAUGCCACCGAUUUUUGUUACAACAAUGGGAUCACUUCCAGAGACUUAAUGUCCCGAUCGUUGACAGACAUUACAGUCUUCGUAAUGUCUCGACCAAUGAGUCCCGAAGUCGAGGGAACCGGUAUUCGUGUGCGUUAUGUAACACAGAGUUAUCACAAUCGCUGCAUAAUGUUGUCAUUUCUAUUCUUACCGUCAGUGACUCGACUUCUGAGCUCAAGAAACUGGUCCUAUCUUCUGCUCAGGAGUUUAUUAUUGGAUCCGGAAUUCCUCUGGAUUUGGGAAAAGUGCUCACAUGUAUUGGAUGUUUCAGAGAACUUAUUAAAAAUGGCGAUCCAUUGCCGCCACUAAUACAGACAUCGGCUCAAGUAUUGGACACAAAAAGAAAAUAUUUGACCGAAUCUUUAAAUAAUAGCAUUUCUGACCAACAAUUGUGUCCACUUUGUAAUAAAGUGCGGAAUCAAAUAAUUGCCGUUCAAAGCACUCCAUCCACUGAUAGAAAGCCAUUCUUUCCGUUCCUCAAAGAUGUCGUUAAACCACAAGAAGUGGAUUCGUUGGGAAGAAUCAGAGUCUGCAACAUAUGUGUGGCAUCGUUGGAGUCUCAAUGGGAUGCCUUUGAAUCGGCACUCAUUCCUCAUUCACAACGAGAUUAUCUUCUAGCGUCCCGUCGAUCACCAUUUGAUCGCUCCUUAUCUCCGCCUCCGUUGAAAAUUCAAGUCUCUUCGCCGCCACCUCUUCAGCAAUCAUUCAUUUGUGAGCCAUUGUUGACGACAGUUACGACUCCCACACAUAAUACAUACUCAAUGACCAGUUCUUCCAAACAUUAUAUCACUAAAAAUGAAUCCAAAAUCACGGGACCAAUGGAUGAGAUGUUGUCAGCACUCGGAGGACCACUGCUUAAGGCAGCGAAUUGUAUGAUUUGUAGUGAAUAUUCGUCUGCCGGACACACUUACCAAUUGUAUGCAACGCCAAGAAAUCCGCCGAUUAUUAGCCACGAGUUAGGCAUUUAUCCAUUCUUUCCUUUUUUGAAAAAACACAUUGCAAUCAACACUUCCAGUAAUAAUGAUGAUAGAGAUAGGGAUCUUGAGAGCAGGUCUAACAGCGCUCUGGUCUGUACUUUCUGUUAUCAUUCAUUAAUUGGUCAAUGGAUUGCAUACAACGCGUCGCCGUUUAUCGAAGACAAAGACCCGAUGCGAAGAACAUAUAACUAUAGAGAUUACAUAUGUUUUAUAUGCGGUGUCACUACUUUCAGACAGAGGAGCCGAUCUAUAUCUCUCAAAGACUUUCCAUUCCUGUUGGAACACUCGAGACCCUCAGGUGCCUUAACAUUGACUGAUGGCGAGAAUGUGGUCACGUGUUUGACUUGUUUCGAUUCGUUAACACUUCAGUGGAAAGAUUACGAGCGGAUGAAAGUGCCGAUUGAGAUGAGAAAAUACAAUUGGAUUACUGUUGCGCCGCCCAAUAGGGAUAUCAAUGAAUAUCCCAUGCCUUUAGUUCACAAUCAUUUAAGUGAAACACUUUCGCCCACAUCUGGAGUAACAGCGCUUUCACCUCAUGGGGCUGUAGUGCCUAUGAUUGCAAUGUCUAGCAAUGCAGAAGACUAUCAUAACUUGAUAUCGAGCAACAUCAGAUUCUUUGAUUGCAACCGAUUCUGGAUCUGCACCAACUAUCAUAACUUGAUAUCGAGCAGUAAUUUAGCCAAAACGAGAACGUCUACGUUUGCGGCAGCGCUUAGAAAACUAGCUAAACAGACAUCAGAUUCUUUGAUUGCAACCGAUUCUGGAUCUGCACCGCAUUCCAUACCCUAUGGUCUCUCUGUCGCUCAUUCCUCGAACUUAAGUAAAAAUUCCAACAAUUCUUCGUUUCAAAGUCCAUAUCAAAGCUCAGCUAUACGUCAGUCACCGCCUAUUGUGACGAUCGCACCGAUUCCGGCGCAUCAGAUCGAUAGGAGUGAAAGUGAUAAUCAAUUAAGAAAUCAUUUGAGAAAAAGUGAUAAUCAAUUCUAUUAUGAGCACAGAAUACAUACCGAUCCCAAAGAGUCUCUUAUAUACUCUCAUUCCCAGCGAACGUCACCUAUAGUUCAAGUUCGGCCAUCCCCUUCUCACGUCCAUAACGAUAGUCUUAAUUCAGUUGGCAUUCACUCAACACAACAAAAUAAUGUCACGAAUCGUAUGCCUGGGUUUCAGCCCUACAGAAGUGGAUUAGAAGAUAGUUUGCGAAAUAAUUCUUCAACAUCUUUGGCAUCAGCACCACUGCCAUCACAUUUACUGCCUUAUGAUGCGAUGGCUUUUCCUUAUCACCCAUUCCUGCCUCACACUAAUCCUAAUCCACUGCCACAUCACGCGCCACAUCCAAGUGCUUCGUAUCGUAUGGGUGAUCCCUAUUAUAUGGAUCGUUUUGGUCUACUUAGAGGCCAAUUACACGUACCGUCAGCUCCACUACCAAUGGCCGGAAGCGGCACAACAUCUUCAGUGCCUUUCAAUUUAGUCCGUUAUUCAGAACUCUUGAACUCACAAACGGAAAGACUUAUUAACGAUGAAAGACAACGACUGUUGAAUCAAACACUCUCUCAAAGUGCACAGACUUCUUACAAACCCAAUACACAGACCAUUGAUAGUCCACCCAUUCAUAUGACAAAUAAUAAUGAAAAGUAUGGCAACAAUAGUGAGCACUUCAUAAUGAAUCACUCCAUGAAAAACCACUCCACUUCGGGAUCAAUACUUUCCGGAACUCCGAGAGAUGUGACCCCUCUGUCGGGUUCUGUUGGAAAUGGUAUUCGCAAACCUAACGGUCCAAACAUGUCAACCAAUAGACCGUUAAAUCUUUCGUCAGACAACGAACAGCACAUUUUGGAACAGAAGUAUUUAUGGCGACCGCAAAGUGAUGGCCAAACAGAUCAUAACUCUUUCAAUCCAAGCAAUCGACUCAUGGAAUUGAAUAUUCAUCUCCAAAACAAAGACAGUGUUUUGGCUGAAGAUAAGUAUUGA